GCCGAGCUGUGUCGAGGGGAAGUUCCUGCUGGAUAGACGACGUGGACCUCGGACUAAUUCUGGGAAUUAAGCAGCACGCGGACCAGGGACGAGAAACGGAAGCAUGCCUACGCUGUUCGCCGUGGUGCUCCUGAUCUCGGUCACGAGCACGUGGUACCAAAAUGGCUGCGUGGCCGAGCUGUACACCGCGCUGGCUGACAUGGAGGAGCUGCUGGAGACCGAGGCGGUGCUCAUCGACACCCUGAACGGCUACAUCAAGGCGCAGGAAGAACGUCUGGCCACUCUGAGAAAGAACGUGGAGGAUUACGCGAGGGAGCACGAGGAGGCGUCGAGAAACAUUCAGCAGUACCUGUCUAACCCAAUCAACGCUUAUCUGCUGGUGAAAAGACUGACCACCGAUUGGAAACGGGUGGAGGAGCUGAUCACCCAGGACGUUGGCAAGUCCUUCGUCGCGAAUAUCACCAGCUCACGGAGCGACCUGAAAUUCCCCACUGACGAGGACCUUAAUGGCGCUGCUGUCGCUUUGAUGAGGCUACAGGACACGUACAAGCUCGAGACUGCACAAGUCGCUAGGGGUGUGCUGAAUGGGAUCCAGUAUAGCACCGGAUUAAGUGCCAGCGAUUGUUUCGAACUUGGGAGACAGUCUUAUCACAAUCGUGAUUACUAUCACACCGUCCUCUGGAUGCAAGAAGCCAUGGAUCGUCUUCAGGAGGAGCAAAACGCCACCACAACUUCGAAACCGGACAUAUUGGAAUACUUGGCGUUCUCGACGUACAUGCAAGGGAACGUGGCGCGGGCUCUAAGCAUGACGAACGAGCUGUUGGAGCUGGUGCCGACUCACGAGCGUGCUUUGGGCAAUCGGGCUUACUAUCAGAAGGAGAUCCAGAGCAAGGCGAGCCAGUCGAGGAAGAAACGCGGCGAGGAUGGUCUGGACGACACCGCUGUUCCUGCGCAGCACUUCACUGUUACCGAGAAAAAAGUGAAACCUUGGGAGGAGAUGACUGAAAGAGAGCGCUACGAGAUGCUGUGCCGAGGUGAGGUGUCCAUCACACCGGAACUACAAAAGAACCUCAAGUGUCGCUACGUCGAUCGUGGAAUUCCAUUUUUGAAAAUCGCCCCGUUCAAGGAGGAGGAGGCUUACUUAGAUCCGAGGAUAGUCGUAUACCAUGACGUGAUAUACGAUGAGGAAAUCGAGACGAUUAAAAGAUUUGCGCAACCCAGGUUCAAACGUGCCACGGUACAGAAUUACAAAACUGGUGCCUUAGAGAUAGCGAAUUAUAGGAUUAGUAAGAGUGCGUGGCUUCAGGAGCACGAACAUAAACACGUGGCAGCGGUUAGCCGACGUGUGGAACACAUGACUAGUCUGUCUGUUGACACGGCAGAAGAACUGCAAGUGGUGAAUUAUGGUAUCGGUGGUCAUUAUGAACCACACUUUGAUUUUGCAAGAAAAGAGGAAACAAAUGCGUUUAAAAGCCUGGGAACUGGAAAUCGCAUUGCUACAGUUUUAUACUAUAUGAGCGACGUGGAACAAGGUGGCGGCACCGUGUUCACCGCCAUAAACAUUUCCCUAUGGCCCAAGAAAGGCAGCGCAGCCUUCUGGUAUAACCUCAAACCCAAUGGAGAGGGAGAUUUUAAAACUAGACACGCUGCUUGUCCUGUUCUCACUGGUUCUAAAUGGGUGGCAAACAAAUGGCUGCACGAAAGAGGUCAAGAAUUCCGCAGGCCAUGCACCCUUGAAAAUCAAUCCGCCGAUGAAGCCGACGUGAGGCACUGAAUCGUCAACUUACCCCUGGAUCGUCACUAGUGAAAAUAAAUAAAAUCGAGAAAUGUUUCGAAAUCUCUAAUCGAGCGCUCAAAACGCGAGAAACCUUAAAUACAUGUACGCCGUUGUAAACAGUGUGUUUAAUGUUGAAGAAGAGAUAAGGACAUUAUACUAUUCAUCGCGAAGCUGAUCCACGAAAGUGUGAAACACAAAUGACGAUUCGUUUACGAGUCAAGUAACUUUUUCAAGGACAAAAAGCAAAAAUGGUUUUGUACGAUUACAAUGUCGACGAGAAAACUGCCAUCGUUUAAUUACACGCAUUGAUAACAAUUGAAAAGUAUCUUCUUUUCACAACAGUCUUAGCAAAGAUAUUAAAACAUGUACAAGAUAGGAUAACGAGGCAGUUUCUCAAAAGAUUUGUUUGUUGCAACCUAACGAUUAAUAUAUUAUUCCUAGACCCUAGGAUUUUUACAGGAGCACACAGCAUGUAGGGAGUAGAGUACAUUAGAUUGUCAAGCAAUAACAAGUCGCACGUUUGGGCCAGUUAGUUUUUCCCUAAGGAAUCAAGACUCUCGUGAUCGUGUACAAAAUAAAAAGCAUUGUGUACGAAGCACGAGAUUCUAAACAUUCUCAUUGCAUUUAUUAAUGUAAUUAACAUGUAAGAAUGUAAAAUGUGGAAUCAAGUAUUCCUGUGUUCAUCAGAGUAUUCUAAUGAAAUCUUUAAUCGCAUCGUUCCUUCUCCUACGACACGUUUCACCCUUCUAAUCGGGUCUUUUUUGUAAAUAGUAGUAAGAUAAUCGAGAAACGUCGACAAUUUCUUAGAUCCAUUCGUCUUGUAUACGAAUCGCUUGUAAAAAAGGAGAAAAUAAAAAGAGAAAAGGAGGAAUGAUAAAUAGAAAGAGAUGAAGUCUAUCGACUGAAAGACAUGUCUGUUUACACAGUGAUAUUGAGCUUAGCAUUUAAGACGUUAAUUCGCGAGCUUCGAUGCCCGCCAUCAUCGAACGAAAAAAGGAUUUAUCGAAACUAUUAAAGUAGAGGUCAAAUAAUGGACAGUAUCUUACCUUAGAUGCAGCCAUUGCUCUUUACAGCUUCUCCCGUCAUCUACAGUCGUAGUCCUUGUCUGUGUGAAAUCCAAGAAGAAGUUUUCGAAUCUUACAUUGUCCUUCAAUCCUCACGAAAUAACCACUCACGCACAAAAGCACGAUCAAAAUCCUUUCGUGUAUAAAACCAUCUAUAAAAUCACGAAAUCCACAAUUUAU